AUGGAAAGAUCAAAUUUAGAAAAUCUACUACGAUUUCCAGGUUAUAAUAAAAUUAUAAAUGAUGCUUCAGUAUUAUCAUGUGGUUGUUUAACAUCAGAAUCAACAUUUAUCAACGAUAAGUAUACAAAUUGCCCGAAUUGUCAACAACAAAAUGUAACAAUAUUAUCAGAUAUCAAACCAUUAAGAGAAUUAUAUUCAUUGAUAUACAACAAAAGAAGAAGAUCAUCAUCGAGAAAAAGUUUUAAGGGAAUAGAAGAUUCUUCAAGUUUACAAAAUAUUAACGAAUCAAUGGAUCUUUUGACGUUAUUUCAUAAAUUUGCAAAAGAAGAACAAAUUGAAAAAUCAAAAUCAAGUGUACAACCAAUCAACAUAAUAGAAAAAAAUCAACAACCUCCAGAAGAAUCAAUAUCAUCUUCAUUCCAUAGUUCACCAUCAAUAAAUUCAGCAUCAGUAUCUCCACAAAAUUAUAGACAAUAUGCAAUUGAUUCAAUGAAAAAAUAUAGUAAUGUUAAUCUUGAAAUUUUAUUGGAAAAUGUCAGUGAAAGGAAAGAGUAUAAUUUCAGUAAAUGUUUCCCAUUUCAUCGUAAACUUAUAACUUUCCAAACUCAACAAAUGAAAUUAAAUUUGGGACCAUUAAAAUUAGGAUCAAUUGGGAUUAAAAAAGCUAUAAGUUCUUCAAUUCAUACAUAUAUUGAUUUUCAAAAAGGUCUUGAGAUUACAAAAUUUGUUUUGAUUAGUGAAAAAAGGUGGGAAUUAUAUGAAUAUGCCUUACCUUUAAAAGAUACUGAUAUUUCACAAAUAAAACCAAAACUAGUAUGUAGUGGAAAAUCAUCAGGAGAAUAUGGAGAAUCAAACACCAAUUCAAACCAAUUGAAAAUACCAGGAAAUAACGAGAUAAUCAAACGUAAUGAUUUUGGAAAUAAAAGUGAUGACAAGAACUCCACCAGCGAGUUAAAAAAACGACUACUGACAUGGGAUCAAAUGUAUUGUCAACUCACAAAAAACUUUUUAGUUAUAUCUGGUACAAAGGGAGUAAUGAGAGUUUUCAAUAUAGACACUAAUUCCAAAUAUCAAAUUGGAGAACCAUUAUAUACAUAUUUAACUGAUUUCCCCAUUAGAUGUCUUGCCAUAUCACCAAAUGAGAAAUUAAUUGCAUGUGCUAUCACGGCAAGAGAAAAAAUAUCAGAUAAAGAACAACCUUUUAUUGCAUUACAUAGAAUUGAUAUGUUUGAUGAUUUUUCGAUAAAAUCAAUAGAACCAAUUAUGAUAACUAUACCUUAUAGAGAUCCCAUCAAGAUUUUGAAUUUUAAUGCUACUUCAACUCAUUUAAUUUGUGCAACUGUUUGGGAAUCAAGAUAUGUUAUUAUAAAAUUACAAAAUUUAGAAAAACCAAGGUUGGUAUGGACUGAUUUACCUUACAAAAGAGAUGAAACACUAUCAGAAAGAAGAGCAGACGAUGAAUUAAUGAUGACAAACGAGGGAAUCACAGAUUUACAAUUUGGUAAUAUAAACACAAAUACAAUAUUAAUUACUUCAUGUUAUGUGUAUAAUAGACCAGCAUUAUUAUUUAAAUUAGAUGGAACACAAAUUGAUUCAACAAGAUCGGUAGUUGAUGAUUAUAGUGCAACAAAUUCUUUUACAAGUAAUGAUAAAGAUGAUGAUGACCACUCAAAAAUGAAAUCGGUUGAACUUAUAAUGAAAAUUCCAGAAAUUGGUUCAUCAAUUCAUAGAGCUGCAGUUUCCCCACGUGGUGAUGGUAUAGUAUAUUUAGAUAAAGACGGUAGAUUAUAUCUUGUAUCAGCAGCAAAUUUCAAUUCAAGAUCAAAUACAAACAAUAAAAAGACUAUUGUAGUAUUAGGUGAUGUUGCAAAUUCAGAAAGAUUUACUGAAGCAGCAUCAGUAAAAUUUCUGGCUGAUGGUUCAAAAGUAUUUGUAGUUGAUCGUAAAGGUGUGUUUUCGAUAUUUGAUUUUACAAAAGGAAUCCCAGGUGAAGAUUUAGACGUUGUUAAAUGUAAAAUUAUAAGUUUAUAG